AUGUCUUACAACCAAAGAAACUUGAAAUUCAACGGUGCGGCGAACUUUGCAUUCGACUCAAGAAACACGUUUGGACAACAACAACAACAGCAACUCCAGCAACAGCAAUUGCAACAACAACAGGUUCAGCAUCAGCAGCAGCAGCAAUUGCAGCAACAACAGCAAUUCUUGCAGUUCCAAAUCCAGCAGCAGCAGCAGCAGCAAUUGCAGCAGAGAAGCUACCUACAAGCGCCACAGCAAUUCCCAUACCAAAACCCAAUUCAGGAUUUGAGCGAUCACCAGCUUUUGCUGAAUGCCACUGGUAACAAUGCAAGCAACAUCGAAAGUAACAGUUCCUCGGAUAAGGAAUUUUACCUGAACCCCCACCUCACCUUCACGACAGCUGGUCAUGACGAACCUUUCAUCUCCCCACAUUCUUCUAUUAGCUCGGUUAGCAAAGAUUCUCUGCUUUCCAAUAACACUUUACAACACACUCGAUCGCUAAACCAGAAUCAAUAUAAUUCGAACUUCACCCUCCCUCUGGAGCUCCAAGGUGGCGUUAACAACAUCUUCAACAGAAGACCCAGCUAUGCCGCAGACUUGCAUAGUAAUACUUCUGCCGAGGACAAUUCUACCAAUAGCAUGAAGCUUUUUCCUCUACAGUACAAUCAUUUGAACAAUCAGAGGAAUGAAAUGUACGACUUGAGAAAUAACAGCAAAAAUGUUGAUUCCUCUCCGUUGUCCACAUUCAACCCUCCUCCCCGUUUACCGAAUUCUAGUUCGAAUUCGAAUUCGAACUCGAACUCAGCCCCGAACUCAAAUCCGAACUCUAGAAGCAACUCAGAAUUUGACUCAACAUACAUCUCCUUGGAUGAUGGGCUUUUGUUGAACAAGGCAACAAACACCAUCGUCAUAUCUCCUGAGUUAAAGUGCCAGUUCGAUCAGUGCUCAGUGUAUUUUGGAGAUUUCAAUACUGCAACUCAAGUCAUAAAUCAAUUAGACAACCUUCUAGGGUUGUCAAACAGUAGAGAAUCACCAGAUGAUCCAGCUUCGACUGCUCAGCUAGGUAUAAUCAGGCAGAGGAUUGACAAGCUUUUAGAGUUUUUGCUGAAACAAAAUGAAGACUUGAAAUCCCCCAAUCACCUCAACAAUAAAAACUAUUCUCUGAUCUUGAACAAAAAUGGUAGACUUGAUAUAAUAUCAUUUCCCAAAAAUUCCAACUUGCAGCUUAUGCCAAAGGAUUUGAUCAUAAUCGAAGGCGAUAGGGGAAAAGAUCUUGUUAUGGUUCUAAAACCUGUGAUUGAGUUCAAGUUUGCCCUAUUUUUCAACUACUUGAAGAAGAAGCUACAUUUGAAGAGUUUAGAAUUUGGGAACAAUUCGAAUAAUCGAAGCCAGCCUGGCUCCGCUUCCUCUUCCUCAGCACCUCCUUCACGUCAUUCGAAUCAUAAUAACAACAGUCAUAACAACAACAGUCAUAACAACAACAGUCAUAGCAAUGGUAAUAACUCCCAUCAAAAAUCAAUUAUUAAUGAAGACGAGAAUUUUAUCACCCUUCCAAACAAGCAGAUUUUGAGAUUUGCCAAACCCCAUGAAUUGAAUCAACUCAUUUUAAAGUACAAUGAUGAAACAAUGGCUUAUAAAAUUUGUCUAAAUUACUCUGCUUCGUUGAAUUUGGAUUUGAUUAUUAAAAACGUGGAAUUCCAGUUUGAUAAGAAGAAGUUGAUUAUUUAUUACUAUUGCUUACAACGUUUAGACUUUAGGGGUUUGAUUAAAGAAUUGUUUAAGAUUUACAAAACCAGAAUUUGGUUAUGUGCGAUUCUGCCUCUUGAAAAAACUUUCAAACCUUUAUUAGAUUAUGAGCUUGAGAAAAUAGACAUGAAACUUGGGAACUCCAAUGGUUCCGCUCACCAGAACUCGUUAAAUGGUAACUUCAAUAGAGACAAUCACGAUAAGCAACUUUAUAGGUCUAACGCUAACGUCGUUCAUGAUAAAUUUCCUUCGUCAGAUCAAAUUUACCAAUUCAGUGAAAUAGACGAACCCAUUUUUUUCCACUGUAAGAUCUUUUCAAAUCUGAUCAACAUGUUCCAGUUCGAAGUAUCUAACUAUGAGGUUUUCAAGGAUAGAUACUGGUUUUUGGAUGAGCAACAGAUUCAGUAA